GCCUCACUGUGGGGCAGGCAUUGUGUUAAGCACUUUACAGACAUAGACCCAUUUUACAGAUGAGGAACUGAAGGUUAAGAAGUUAAGUAACUGCCAGGUUGCAGGGGUGAUAAACAGCUAAGUGGGACUUGAAGUUCUGCUUGAUUCCUAAAGGGGAGAGGCAUCUCUUGGACAGUUAAUGAAAGGGGCGGCUCUGUCCCCUUUCUGUUUAAGACACGGCUUGGCCUGUCUGCCCGAAGAGGAGUAUGAGAGUCCACCCGUCAGGGACUGUGGGUCUCCUCCUCACCCUCCCUGCAGAGCUCAGCCCACAGCCAGGCCCCUACUUAUGACCUUGCAGCCAUAAGAGACAGGCAGGAGGGCGCCCCAAGCUCUGCAGGGAGGAAAGAGGAACUUUGCAGGGACUGGGCAGCCAAGGCCUGGUGGGCGGGCAGUUCACAAGGUGAUCAGGUUGUGUUCCUGUGUUAGCUCAAGCCAGGGUCUGCACAGAGGAAAACUCUGAACCCCAACUCUUCUCCAAACCUCAAAGCACUGCGAUGCCCCUCAGCACUCACCUGCACAUGCCAUGCAGCCCAGAAAACUCUUCUCACCACCAUCCCUCAUGUCCUUGGUUCAUUCACUGGGUUUCUAUUUGGCACCUCCUGCAUGCCGCCCAGGAGGUGGGGGUCCGCCAGGUGCAGAUGCAGCUCCAGCCCCUCCAGGGCCCCAUGGCUCCUAGGUGGUGGGACCCCUCUCCCCGCCCCAGGCCCCCUGCUCAGUCACUCUGUCAUCAACGCCCCGAGGCAGCUGCACGCAGAAAGUUCUUCAGUGUGAUUCACAGGCGUCCAGUGGUUUCCAAGGGGAAGCAGCUGUGGCUGUUCAGUCCAGGACUAUGUAACCCCACAGUUUCCAGUGACUGGCUCAACUGCACUGGCGCUGUCAAGGAAGGAUCAGUGGGCUGUCGCGUGUGGGUCGCCAGACCUCUCUUUGGCCUGGAGAGAGGCGUUUGUGAUGACUCUGGGGACGACGAAGACACUGCCUCCCCGACCAACAGGACUGAGCUGCACGACACCGUCCGGAACCUCUCCCUGAAGCUGGACGACCUCAGCACGUGCAAUGAGCUGGUGGCCAAGCACGGCGCAGCACUGCAGCGCUCCCUGAGCGAGCUGGACGGGCUCCGGACCCCCUACGAGAGCAGCGAGAAGCUGAAGGCGGUGAACGAGCGGGCCACCCUCUUCCGCAUCACAUCCAAUGCUAUGAUCAACGCCUGCAGGGACUUCCUGGAACUAGCAGAGACGCACAGCCGGAAAUGGCAGCGUGCCCUGCAGUAUGAGCAGGAGCAACGCAUCCACCUGGAGGAGACCAUCGAGCAGCUGGCCAAGCAGCACAACAGCCUCGAGCGCGCCUUCCGCAGCGCCCCCGGCCGGGCCGCCAACCCUAGCAAGAGCUUCAGCGAGGGAAGCCUCCUAACCACCAAAGGCGAGGACAGUGAGGAAGAUGAAGAUACCGAGUACUUUGACGCCAUGGAAGACUCCACGUCCUUCAUCACUGUGAUCACUGAGGCCAAGGAGGACAGAAAAGCUGAGGGUGGGACCACAGGCUCUGUGGACUGGACCUCAUCAGACAAUGUGCUGGAUGGCGCCUCGCUUGUCCCCAAGGGCCCCUCCAAAGUCAAGAGGCGUGUCCGCAUCCCCGACAAGCCCAACUACAGCCUUAACCUCUGGAGCAUCAUGAAGAACUGCAUCGGCCGGGAGCUCUCUAAGAUCCCCAUGCCGGUCAACUUUAAUGAGCCCCUGUCCAUGCUCCAGCGGCUAACCGAGGACCUGGAGUACCACCACCUGCUGGACAAGGCGGUGCACUGCACCAGCUCAGUGGAGCAGAUGUGCCUGGUGGCCGCCUUCUCCGUGUCCUCCUACUCCACCACCGUGCACCGCAUCGCCAAGCCCUUCAACCCAAUGCUGGGUGAGACCUUUGAGCUGGACCGUCUGGAUGACAUGGGCCUGCGCUCCCUGUGUGAGCAGGUGAGCCACCACCCACCCUCUGCUGCCCACUAUGUGUUCUCCAAGUACGGCUGGAGCCUCUGGCAGGAGAUCACCAUCUCCAGCAAGUUCCGGGGGAAAUACCUCUCCAUCAUGCCGCUAGGUGCCAUCCACUUAGAAUUCCAGGCCAGUGGGAAUCACUACGUGUGGAGGAAAAGCACCUCGACUGUGCAUAACAUCAUCGUGGGCAAGCUCUGGAUCGACCAGACAGGGGACAUCGAGAUUGUGAACCACAAGACCAAGGACCGGUGCCAGCUGAAGUUCUUGCCCUACAGCUACUUCUCCAAAGAGGUGGCCCGAAAGGUGACAGGAGUCGUGAGUGACAGCCAGGGCAAGGCCCACUAUGUGCUGUCAGGCUCGUGGGAUGAACAGAUGGAGUGCUCCAAGAUCGUGCAAAGCAGCCCCAGUAGCCCCAGCUCGGAUGGGAAGCAGAAGACGGUGUACCAGACACUACCAGCCAAGCUGCUGUGGAAGAAGUACCCGCUGCCGGAGAACGCAGAGAACAUGUACUACUUCUCGGAGCUGGCCCUGACCCUCAACGAACACGAGGAGGGCGUGGCGCCCACUGACAGCCGCCUGCGGCCGGACCAGCGGCUGAUGGAGAAGGGCCACUGGGACGAGGCCAACACGGAGAAGCAGCGGCUGGAGGAGAAGCAGCGCCUAAACCGGCGCCGGCGGCUGGAGGCCUGCGCGCGGGGCUGUGGCGCGGAGGAAGCAGAGAAGGAGGCCGAAGUGUACAUGCCGCUGUGGUUCGAGAAGAGGCUGGACCCGCUGACCGGGGAGACGGCCUGCAUGUACAAGGGCGGCUACUGGGAGGCUAAGGAGAAGCAGGACUGGCACAUGUGCCCCAACAUCUUCUGAGCGCCCCCUCCUGCAAAUACAGGCGCCUGCACAGCCUAGUCCACCUUUUAUUUAAAGCACUCAAUUUAGUACUCACCCGCCCUCCCACUCCACCUUUUUCUUCUCCUUUUUUUUAAAUAACACAUUUUUGGGGCUCCUGCCUUGGAAGGAGGAAAUGCUGACCCGGGUUCUCUCCAGCCCCCAGGUGCCCCGGGUCUCCCACACCCCUUCACUAUAGACUCGGGCCCCAUCCAAACCGCUGCUCCAGUUACCACAAUUCCAGUUUCCACAACUCAGGCAGGCUGGCCCCCGCCCUGGUCACCAGCCCCACCCAGGGAGGAACUGGUCCCUCCCAGGGAGCUGCUUUUGACUUUUUUAGAAAAAAUGAUCUCCAUUUCUUUCCAGCGAAGAUGUUUAGUAAAUAUUUUUAGUACAGCACUUAGUGGAAAACUUUCUAAGUGUGCUUUCUUGCCACAAAAGUGUCCUGGCAAGAGCCCCUUCUUUUUAAGACAUCAGGAAGCCAGACAGACACCUCUGAGUUGGGAGCAUUUUGUAGCUCAAAUAGCAAAGCCCUUUGUAUCUGAGCUGCCCACCCUCCAGGAGCCCAGGACCCCCCAGAAAAGGGAACCAAGGGGCUGCCCUGGCCCAGGAGAGCACAAGUCAGUUGUCUCUGGAGCUCAGCCCCAGCAGCCAUGUGGAUUUGAGGGCAACAGCCCCUGCCUAGCCUUGGCCGUGCUGGGGCUGCUCCCCAGCCCCAAAAAGGCCAGGGGCCCAGCCUGCAGGUGCUCCUGCCCCAGAACCAUGCCCCAAAUCAGCAAUAAGAACCAACCCUCAGCUCAGCCUGGGCUGGUGUCCUGGGCACCAGAGACUCAGCAUCCCGCCUCUGGGGUGCCCCAUCUCAGUACCCCCUGAACUCUUUAUUUGCCUGAUUUAUAUCUAUGAUAUAUAAAUAUAUAUAAAAUAGCUAUUUUGCUUAAAUUUGUAUGGUAUAUAGAAGUGCAAAAAUGAUGAAGACAGGGCACUCCUGUCUGAGUUUGGCCCCAUCAGCUGUGCCCUGCCCUCUCCUUGGACCCCCUUCCAAUGGCUUCUGCCACCUGUGGGGGGGGACUGGGCCACUGUCCCAGCCCCUCAGGACCCCCACUCCAACCUUUCCCACUUUUGUUUGGUCCUGAAAAAUCCAUCACAGGGUUUUACUUUCUACUCCAGAACUGGCUUUGUUUUUAUAAAAAAACAAAAGUGAAAACACCAACGUGUGAAAUGCCUUAGGGUGCCCACUGGAGAGAGGGCAGGUGGGCGGGCGGCAGAGCUGUUCAAUGUUCCUCUUCUCAGCACUGUUUGUGAGUGAGCACCUUCUGACCAGUAAUAAAAAACCUUGGAUUUGGAG